GGUACUUUGAUACCAUACACUGAUCGAUCACACCUAUAGCUGCUGCUGCUGCUGUGUAAGCAAAACAUACCUCACAAGAUCUCAGCGGAGGCGGCAGCAGCCACGUCUGUUAUUCUGUUCCUCACUGAAAAACAUCCCAUCGAUGCUCUUCAGUACAGUACAAGAUCAGCGAAGAACAUACACGAGGUGAUCACUAAACACGACUUCCUCUCUGUAACUGUCUGGACUCUGUGGGUGUGUGUUAGUCCAGUUUUUGCCCUAUGGUGUCCUUAUUAAUCUGAGGGUGUUUGAGGAAAGCAAGCGUCAUGUCGAGGGCAGACAGGGCGAUUAACAGUGAAGCGGGUGACUGGGGCUUCAGUGAGGACGCUGGUGAAAGGGCAUGGCUCUUGCAGAGCCCCAGUGUGGAGUCCAUGCAGCCACCUAAUCAAACUGACAACCGAAGGGGAGGGACUUCAGUACUCGGGGCUGUGUUUAUUGUGGUGAAUGCUGCUCUGGGAGCCGGACUUCUCAAUUUCCCUGCUGCUUUCAACAUGGCUGGAGGCGUCACAGCCGGCGUGACCCUUCAAAUGAGUAUGAUGGUCUUUAUCAUCACUGGGCUGGUGAUCUUGGCUUAUUGUUCUCAGGUGAGCAAUGAAACAACAUAUCAGGAGGUGAUUCGUGCUGUGUGUGGGAAGGUUCUGGGUGUCGUAUGUGAGCUGGCCAUUGCUGUUUACACCUUUGGCACCUGCAUAGCCUUCCUUAUUAUUAUUGGCGAUCAGUUAGACAAGCUGAUUGGCGCAGUAAAUCAUGAGUCAGAGAAAAUGAUUAGUUCGCACUGGUACACAGAUCGCAAGUUCACCAUCACUUUGACCUCAGUGCUGAUCAUACUUCCUCUGUCUAUACCCAAAGAGAUUGGCUUCCAGAAGUAUGCCAGCACCCUGAGUGUUAUUGGCACCUGGUAUGUGACAAUCAUAAUCAUCGUCAAAUACAUCUGGCCCGACAAAGACGUUUCUCCCGGAAUCAUCCCAGUCAGCCCUGCAUCCUGGACCGAUGUGUUCAAUGCCAUGCCCACAAUCUGCUUUGGUUUCCAGUGUCACGUCAGCAGCGUUCCUGUUUUCAACAGCAUGAAGAAGCCAGAAAUCCGGCCUUGGUGGGCAGUUGUGACAGUCAGCAUGAUCAUCUGCCUCUUUGUGUAUACAGGCACAGGUGUCUGUGGCUUCCUGUCCUUUGGCUCAAGUGUAAGCCAGGAUGUUUUGAUGUCAUAUCCAUCUGAUGAUAUUGCGGUGGCCAUUGCUCGAGCCUUCAUCAUCAUCUGUGUUGUUACCUCAUAUCCAAUCCUGCACUUCUGUGGAAGGGCAGUGCUGGAAGGUUUGUGGUUGCGUUUUAAAGGAGAGGAGGUGGAGACAGAUGUGGCCAGGGAACGGAGACGGAGAAUACUGCAGACACUCGUCUGGUUUUGUCUCACAUUAAUUCUUGCUCUCUUCAUUCCUGAUAUCGGACGAGUGAUUUCACUAAUUGGUGGUUUGGCUGCAUGCUUCAUUUUUGUUUUUCCAGGGUUGUGCUUGAUUCAGGCAAAGCUUUCAGAGCAUGAUGUCAGAUCAGCCAGUUGGAAGGGAAUGGUGGCCUAUGGGGUUGUUAUGGUUACGAUUGGUGCUUUCAUCUUUGGCCAGACGACCACAAAUGCCAUCUACCAAGAUAUCAUCAAUCCUUCCAGCAGCCCAUAGACGAGUUGUUGUGACCUCAUGAAUAUUGGGCUAUGAACCAAUAGAGACAAAUUAAAAAACAAGGGAAUGAAGCCUGUCCAAAUCACGUCUACCACUGACCUCUAUCAAGUCUUCAGGAUACUGUUUGAAAUUUCUCAUACUGUAAAGCGCAGCAGUCCCACAGAAGUCUGUACCUCUUGAUGUAGUGGAUCAUCCACAUGCAUGCAGCAUCACGCUCUCUGCUCUGGCUGUUUGUGAAUGGAGGACCCCUGUGAAGGACACUAUGCUUCACUAUUUUCUGAAUGGAUAUGGACAUUGUGUUAAAUCCUCCAGUGUUAGAUCUUCCAAAUAUAGCCUCUUUCUUUUGAAAUCUAAUUUUGUUUUUUGUCCAUUCUCUUUUUUUAAUUUUUAUAUAUUUUUUUAAGAAACUGAUUUUAUGAAGACCUUAUAUACUUGAUAUUGCAAAUGUGGUCAGUGUUCAUAAUGUUUUACCCUUAGAAUCUUAUUGCAAACUUUUUUCUUGAGGACUUGCACUGACAAACAUGUAGUACUACAGCUCCAUAAGAUCUGAGAAGAUUAAUGGUGUGUGUGUGCGCUGGUAUAUAUGGUUUAUGAGGACACAGAUGUGUAUACUGACAUUGUUACUACAACGUAAACAUGGUUUAUGAGGACACAGAUGUGUAUACUGACAUUGGUACUACAACGUAAACAUGGUUUAUGAGGACACAGAUGUGUAUACUGACAUUGGUACUACAACGUAAACAUGGUUUAUGAGGACACAAAUGUGUAUACUGACAUUGGUACUACAACGUAAGCAUGGUUUAUGAGGAGACUUCCUGUGUCCCUGUAAAACCAAAGGUUAAAAAAACAUACAAAACAGUGUUUUAUGAGUUUCAAAAAUUGCCAGUAGUUUUCUGUAAUGGGUAGGUUUACUUGUACGGCGAUAGAAAAUACAGUUUGUACAGUACAAAAACCAUUACGCCUGUGGAGAGUCCCCGUAAACCUCAAAUGCAAGUGUGUGUGUUUACCACUUUAGAUCAGAAGUGACACAAAGGGACAAUUAUUUAAACUGUAUUUCAGAAAAUACUUGAUGAAUGGUUUUUAUUUUCAUUUAAUGCAUUGUUCUUCUGAAUGUGUUUUUCAUGAAAUUGUUGCUUAGGCCAAGGGUGCAGUUAUCUCUGAUUUUAUUAGUUUACCGUUACUUGAGUGAGUAUAAUUAAGACUAGAUGGUUAACUGAAAACUCAGAAUUAUUUUGUGUUUAUUUUGUUUAAGGGGAGAAAUUCUGCUACUGAAGUGUGAGAAUGAGAAUGUAUAGGUUCCAUGAAAACAUUCUCCUAACAGUUUAAUUGUGCAAGUCACAAUUGCGGUGUGCUGGUGACCCCUUUUGUACCACAUGCUCCAAUUCUCAAUAACGCCUACAUAUGAAAAUUCCUCAUGGAUUUAAUCAAUAACACUAGAUGCAUGUUUGCUUUUGCACAGUCAUGUAUUAUUGUAUGUUUUACUGUUUCAGUGCAAUCACUAAAGGGAUGUUCCAUGAUAAAUCAGCAAACUGCUUUUGUGCA